UUGGUCGUGGGACUGUCCCAAGUGAGAGUGCUCAAGGCUGACACCUCUUCAGUAUCUUUUUUAAAACAUUUAUAACUAAAUGCAUGGAAACAACCGGAUGUUUUAAUAGCGGAUUUUUUAUUUACAAUGUUUUUAUUUUGUAAGUAGUCGUGUUUUAGAGGAAGUUUUAGAUUUCAUAACGAGGUUGAAUUUCGGAUGAUAGUCGCUUGAGUUCGGGGGUUCCAAGAUGAACUUCAAUCUGACGUUCAUCAAAAGUUCGGUGGUGGUGUUCCUGCUGUGCUCUUGGCUGGUGUGCUGUGGGGCAGAGCUGAAUGGCGUGGUGGCGACCCAGUGGUCCGGCGACGACAGGAACCGGACGCUGCAACACAAAAACUGCGUGGAGAACCAGCAGUACCUCCACCAGGGCCUCUGCUGUCUCAACUGCCAGGCUGGUACAUUCAUGCUGAGGGCGUGCGACCGGGACAUGGAACAAGGGACGUGCAUGCCCUGCGAACAUGGCUUGUCCUACACAGAACACUCCAACGGGAUGAACCGCUGCCUGCCCUGCACCCACUGCCGCAUGGACCAGAGCCAGACAGUGCCCUGUACCAGUACAACAGACACCCAGUGCCAGUGUCAAGUGGGCACCUUCUGUGUGCCAGAGCAGGCCUGUGAGGUCUGCAAGAGAUGUGCCAAGUGUAAAGCGGGGGAGGAGGAGGUGAAGAAAUGCACCCCCAUCUCCAACACUGCGUGUAGGAAACGAGACAUCUCCACUACCCUCCACCCGAUUUCCAUCCCCACCCCCGCCCCCAUCUCUGCAGAGACCAUAGUUACGCCAUUGGUCAUUCUGCUCUUGCUCUUCCUCCUCUUCAUCGGGAUUGGUGUGUGGCUUUGGAUCAAGAGGCCAUGUACAUUUCGGCCAGUUUGUCUCUCAGGUUCAGACAGUCGCUGUGACUCCAGUGACAUUGUGAAGAUUGCCAUUGGUGAGAGUGGACCCACAGCAGAGGAGAGACAGAACAGCCAGAAUGCUGGCCUGGAGGGGGAGGAGGGGGAGGAGGUCCGUCCCGAGUCACGUCCCCUGCUGCAGGAGACCCAGGGCGGCCUGAUUAAGGCCUCCCCUCCCCUGGGAUUGGGGGAGGACGAGGACCGGGGCCUGGGUGACAGCCUACCCAACACCACCAGCUCCUCCCAGACCAGCCUGUCGGCCCUGCCCACCGCCGGGGCAGCCUCGUCGGGCAGCUCCCCCCGACACAGCCCCUCCGCCCAGAGACUGCAGCCCACAGCCAGGGAUGAUCCUCUGCAGAAGAGACUUGUGUCCCUGAUAGGGGAUGAGACGUCCCUGAAGAAGAGCUUUGACCUCUUCGAUGAGUGCCUGGACGUGCGGAUCCACAACAAGUUUUUUCGCUACAUCGGCGUCCAUGACAACCACAUCAAGAUGGCGGAGAGUGCCCCCCCUGGCGACAAGGUGUAUGACCUGCUGAAGAACUGGAUGCAGAAGGAGGGCCUGAAAGCGGACAUCAACUCCCUGCUCCAGGCCCUUCUCAGUCUGGACCAGAGGCGCUCUGCUGAGAGCAUUGCCUUCGCUGCCAUCCAGAAGGGCUACUACAAACAUGCAGACAUGCCCUGACACCCCCAGCCCACUGGGGGGCGCUGCCUCAGAGACAUGUGUGGAUUGAGAUGAAAUAAAAAAACAUUGAUGAAAGACAACGUCAACUCUUAUCGGCCUAAUUGGCCUGAUGUAUUCUGCCUAUAUGCCUGUGCCUCUAAAACAACACCAAUUGGAGAUACCAAUUGGAGUUGGAGAUAAACAAUGUUGUCUUUUGAAUAUCUGCCAAUAUGGUCUGGUGUAUUUGGCCUAAAGGCCCGUGCUUUCUAAAACAAAAUAUAAAAAACAAAAUAUAAAAAACAAAAUGGAGGAUUUGGGGAUAAACCUUGUUUUCCUUUGAAGAUAGCAUUAUCGGCCUGGUGUGUCCGGUCUUCAUGGUGUUCUAAAACAAAAACAUAAAAUGGUAGAAGAGUUCGAUGUUGUUGAUGGAUGUUGAUGUUUUCCAGUGGGUGGGUCUGGAGCUCAGCUUUGACCUCCAUGAUUUUACGCCCCACCCCUUCUCUCUGAGCGACUGACAUGGCUUAUAGGCCAAUACCGAACCCUGGGACAGGGACAUACACUGGUUUGUAGGAGUGGCAUUAGCUUGCGCGUUCCUAUGCCCAGGCGUUGCUGACGCCUGCCAGAUAUUACAAUGCCUGGAUAGGUAUUUUAAGUAUCAGCAAAUCACAACAUAUGUCAUACCAAUCUGUCAGUCGAUGACACAGUUGAUGGCGUGGCACGCAACCAUUGGUUGGUGCAUGUAACGUCUGAGCAAGGGAACGCAACCACUAUGUCACUGAUACUGCGUCUACUUGAUGCACUUGCCUCUGGCACGUGUAGUGUUUAGAGAUGCAGGUAACAAAUGCCCAUAUUAGGCAGAAGGUUAUAUGUUUGAAGUACAGGUAGAGAUAGGCCAUUUAAGCAUAAUGCUGUUAAAAAUUAAAAUACAGACCAUAUUGUACUAUGUUAGUUUAAAAUGCAAGUUGGUAUGAGUCAUGACCAUAUUAGAAGUAUUUUAGCCAAAGUUAGAUAUGGUCCAUUUUAAUAUUUACAUAUUUGUGUAUACGGUAGUCCAUUACUGUUACUGUUUUGUUUUUUGUUGGAAGGAGUUUCCGUAACUAUUUCUUUUGUUCGUCCAAUGUUUCUCAAACAUUUCCCACAAACACUCAGAGCCCUCAAGGUUUCAUAGCUGUUUUAUUUAUUGACAUAUUUAUGUUAAACGGAUGAUAAUUUACGUUUCAUUAUUUAUUCAGUUACCAACACAGCAACCCUGGAAAACUAAAUAGGGCAGUAAUGUGUUUCUACGUUAUCAAGACUACAUUUAUCUAGAGGGCAACGUGACUGAGAUCAAAUAGGGCAGUAAUGUGUUGCUACGUUAUCAAGACUACAUUUAUCUAGAGGGCAACGUGACUGAGAUCAAAUAGGGCAGUAAUGUGUUGCUACGUUAUCAAGACUACAUUUAUCUAGAGGGCAACGUGACUGAGAUCAAAUAGACAGACGGGAGUGGCUGACCUGCAUUUGGGGUUCAUCCUGUCCUGCUCGAUGGCGCCCCACUGAUCAAAGACUAUGUUCAGUCAGUGCACAUACUGUCAAAGAAGUUCAUAGUUACAGUAUAUAUGCCAUUUCUGCACAUAGAGUUUCUUAUUCAGUCAAGGUGGUCAUCAUAAGGUCACUUUUGUGUUGGGGCUUUUGUAAUUAUGCUUAACUCAACAUUUGUGGACUAUUGAAAAAACGUUUUUCUCUCUGCCUGAUUCACACUGUACAUUUCACAUUGUCCAGUAUAGCUCUGCUCGGGUUUGGCUCAGUAGUGUGAAAGGGGUAAUAAUGUAUAGAUAAAAAGUUGGACUCCUUUAUACAUGUCAACAAAGACAUGAAUAUACAGGUACGCAAAGCACGUUGUUUCUCAUUGUUUGGCUCUGUCAAGAAGAUGAAGGAAAGCUUUUCUGGAUAUUUCAGUCCAAGUUCUUUUUUAUUUUUUUGUAAAGUCCAAGUUAAUUUCCUGUAGCAUCCUUUGUACAUACAUUACCAAGAGUGGUUUUAUGUGCUUCACAUUAUAUAUAUAUAUAUAUAUAUAGAGAGAGAGAGAGUUUUAUUAACAAAAAAGAAAAGCCUUAAAGCUGAAGGAAUACUAGUAUAUGAUUACUAAGUAUGAGCACAUUAAACUUGAUUCAGCCCCCUUUACCCUCUAGUCUAGUGGCUACACUUAUGUAAAAGAGCGAAUAAUUCUUCUUCUUUUUUUUUUAAAGCUGACAGAUUUGAAGCUACAGUGCUGGCACUGCCAUCUAUUGACAGACAAUGAAAAAAACAGCCUGCAUCAAUUUCUAUGGACCUUUAUUUUUUUCUAAUUCUUCUUAAUGCUUUUCUACCAACAUUUUUUAACACACCUCUUCCAUUAUAAUAUUACCUUUGAGACGGCUUUUGGCUCUUUUUUUCAUUAACUUUUAUAGGAGUUAGGAUUAUACAUUGGCGUUCAUAUCAUGUUUGCGCUGUGCGGUCUCACACCUCACUUCUGUUUAUUUAGUUGCAUAGCUCCAAAACUUUUUUCUUAUUUAAUCAUUUUCUCCCUUCGACAAUUGUUUGCUAGUGUCUGGAUUUCAGAUAAGAAUGUGUCAAAGCCAUUGUGUUUGUUUAAUGUCCGUUUGAAAUAAACAUUUUGUACAAAUA